CGGUACAAUCACGUAAGUACUAUCAGAGAUUUUGGUACCAUUGCUGCGUUCGCUGUCUCUCUCUUUUCUAAAUGAAUGUCGGAAGCAUAAAGUAUUUUUCCUAUACAGCGUGUCGGUAUCUUCAAUACAGCUUGGCCUAUGGUAUGUAAUUCAAUUCGGUUUAUUUUCGUUCGCUUUAUUCGCGCUUCCUUUUGUGGAACAUUUCGGAAUUGAGUUUAUCGUCGCCGUCGUGCCACCUACAAGGGUACGUCAACAAUACAAACCUUCUCGUCGGUCAUGAUGGACUCUGUCUUCCACUUCCUCGAUGUCGGUUUUUCAGUUUUUCGUCACUAUUGCUUCGUGAACGUUACUAAAAGCACUUUUCGUACUACGUAUUACCACCUCGUGACGUUCACAAUUUUCUUUUUCGCUUAUGUUGAAAUGGCAGAAGGGAUCGGUAGGUUUAAAAUUUGAAAGAGCUUCGAGCUAAACUAACUACACAGGACUUGUUGCUGCUGGCAAAGAU